AUGCACUUACCGGCAGGUGAAACGUUCCUUCUGGCAAGAGACCUUGCAGGUCGUGACCACGAAGAUGCAGACAAGGAAGACUAUCACGACGUCAUUCCUUACAUGAUGGUUGGCGCUGUCGUGAUUGCGGUGGUGGUCCUGUACAACUUGUUCAGACGUUGGGCCCGCGCACGAGCGACGCGGGCAAACACAUCGAUCGAGGGACACCAGCGCAUUGGCCAAAGAGGCAGUGAAGAUUCAACUUACUCGAGGCCUUCUGCAGAACAAGCAGCGAGAAUCCACCGCCAAUCAAAAUCAAAGCCGAUCGCAAACCUCAGUGCGAAGGAGAUUGAUGAAAUCGCACCGAAAAGGCGGUACGCCGACAGUGACGGUAGGAAUGGCAUGGACCUCCCGAAGUUCCCAUCUUUGGACUGCCCAAUCCGGCCACCCUGUCCUGCUGUCCUCGCACCCAAAAAGCAAGAUGAGCAUAAGGUGUCACUGGGCAAAGAGUGGGUUGAAGAUAUCGAAGAUCCCACUCGCAUCUCUGCCGCCGUUCGAGGAGAGUUGCCGGACCUAUUGUUUGAUUGCAGCAUCUGUUUGGAAUUCUUCCAACCUGAGGAUGUUGUCCGCGAAACUCCUUGCGGGCACGUUUUCCAUGCCCGAUGCUUGGAGUGGUGGCUGGGGAAAUAUCGUGCUCGAUGUCCACUGGAUCAAAUGGAGCUGAAGGGCAGGUCGAAGCGGCAGACGACCAUGACAGAAGAAAAGCAGUGCUCACGUAGAGGUUUACCCCUGUGUUAG